CAAAAGGAUUUAUUUAUUAUUUAACUAAAAAAGAAAACUCGACCCAUCCAAACGAUUUCCAGAACUCCCAAAACAUUCUCCAGGUACGAACCCUAACUAUUUUCUUUCAUUCAGCUCCAAUUUGUGGUUAUCAUUACCUUAGAUAUCAAUAUCGUUGUUUUAGUCUUCAGAUUCCUUGCAUCACGAUCCGAGUUGUGAAUCUUGGCUCUGAUUGUUUGAAAGGGAGUUUGCUCAAUUCAUCUUCGUUUGAGGGAAAAUAAUCAAAGAUGACGACGGCGGCAAGACCCACAUGGGCGCCGGCUAAAGGAGGAAACGAGCAAGGUGGCACUCGAAUCUUUGGCCCCUCUCAGAAGUAUUCUUCCAGGGACAUCGCCGCUCAUACUACCUUAAAACCCAGGAGGGAGGGACAAGACACUCAGGAUGAAAUUCAGAAAAGGAAUCUACGGGAUGAGUUAGAGGUCCGCGAGCGCAGGCACUUCUCAUCAAAAGAUGAUAAAGAUCGUCGGAAGGGGAGUCAUCAUCUUCUUUUAGAUGGGCCUAGGAGACCAAAUGAAGAACGUAUUACUCGCAAUGACGACGACGACGAUGAUUUGGAUCCCAAAAGCAGUGAUGAAAGUGAGGAUGAUGACGACGACGAUGAUGAUGAAGCUCUUUUAGCAGCGCUCGAACAGAUCAGAAAGGAAAAAGCAGAGGAGAAACUGCGAAAAGAACGACAAAUGCAAGAGGAAGAACUUAAAGCCAAAGAAGCUGAGUUGUUGAAGGGAAAUCCUCUUCUCAAUAAUCCUACAUCCUUCAAUGUUAAGAGGAGGUGGGAUGAUGAUGUCGUCUUCAAGAACCAGGCUCGAGGUGAGGCUAAGGCGCCCAAGCGGUUUAUUAAUGACACAAUCAGGAAUGACUUCCAUAGAAAAUUCCUACAAAAGUAUAUGAAGUGACCUCUCUGCAAGGAUUCUGGGGUAGAGAAUUGUGUAAUAUCUUUAUUAUUUUUAAGAAAUUAAAUGAGUUCUCAAUUGGGCUCUUCUCUGCGUGCUACUGCUUUGAAAGCUCCAACUCUUCUGUAAUGAAUGUGCAACUUUUUGAUAUGUGAUUUUGGAAACAUCGAUGCCGUAUGUUGUAACUAUCUCCAUGUAUCUUGCUAAAUCUGAAUGAAUGUUUAUCUGGUUUCUUGUUCUCAUUAUCUCAAUUUAUCUUGCUGUAGCUUUGUUUAUCUGGGAUUUUUGUUCUGGUGUAAUUUGGUACAUUUUGAGUUUGUAUUUGUAUUUUCAUUUUCAUUUUAUUUUUUUAAUUUGUCUCUGG